AUGAAAUUCAGCCUUGCUCUUACCGCCGCCGCCUUCUCUACCGCCAGUGCCUUCACUGCUCCCCAGCAAUCUGCCCGCUCUUCCACUUCUUUGAAUGUUUGGGGAGAUAAGGACUACCUGAUCGCUCCUUCCAUCCUUUCCGCCGAUUUCGCCAGAUUGGGUGAGGAAGUCGACAAUGUGCUUGAGGCCGGUGCCGAUGUUGUUCACUUCGACGUCAUGGACAACCACUAUGUCCCCAACUUGACCAUCGGACCUAUGGUCUGCAAGGCCCUUCGUGACCACGGAGUUACCGCCCCCAUUGAUGUCCACCUUAUGGUUUCCCCCGUCGAUGCCGCCAUUGGUGACUUUAUUGAUGCCGGUGCCUCUUACAUCACCUUCCACCCUGAGGCCACCAACCACGUCGACCGAUCCCUUCAGCUUAUCAAGAACGGAGGAUGCAAGGCCGGACUUGUCUUCAACCCUGCCACCAGUCUUGAUGUCGCCAAGUUCGUUUUGGACAAGCUUGACAUCAUCCUUCUGAUGUCUGUCAACCCAGGAUUCGGAGGACAAGCCUUCAUCCCAGCUGUCUUGGACAAGGCCAGAGACGCCCGCAAGCUUAUCGAUGACAACGGAUUGGACUGCCGUUUGGAAAUUGAUGGAGGUGUCAAGGUUGACAACAUCAGAGAAGUCGCUGAAUCCGGUGUUGAUAUGAUGGUUGCCGGAAGUGCCAUCCUUAAGGAGCCACGAACCGUCGAGGCCUACAAGGAGACCAUUGACUCCAUGCGUGCCGAACUCGCCAAGGUUGGAAAGUAA